AUGAUGCAGGAACGAAGUAAAGCAGAUCCUUCAUCAGGGGAAGCUUUGGAAGAAGAUCCGCCACCUAUGCCUCUUCCGUCAUUCCCAAGUCAUGAUUGGAUUGGCCCAGCUGAUAAGAAAUCUAAUCUCAGAUUGAUUAUACUUGCUCAGCCUGAACAGGAAACCGAUUCAGAAAGAGAUUACAGAGUCAUGAGAACAGCCACGUAUGAAUGGAACCAUCAGUUCUGGUCAAAGCAAAAUGAAAUAUUCAUCAAGGCCAAAGAGCAAUUUGUCCAGGAACGUCUUGGUAAUAAGCAGAAAGAGAUAAAAGACUCUUCGGGUAAUGAGGCUGUAAUAUCUGGUGUAAAGCAAGUUCUGAGUGCUGAGGAGAUGGCAGAGUUUUAUCAACAAUUUCUGAAAGAAAAUCAGCAUUCAUUCAAAGACUACAACAAGCAAUGGUACAGCAAAAACUUCUCUCUCUUGUGGCCAGCAAUAAAAGCCAAUGUAUCAAAGUUGAUGAAGAAGAACAAAAGAUGAUGAUGCAUCAAUUAAGAUUAUUUGUAAAGGAAGAUUGUCAAGAGGAUUGUUGCAACAUCAGUUGAGAAGGUUGAAAAGGUUCAGUCUCACUUUGACAGUUGUUCCACCAAGACUAUGCCUGGCUCUAAUGGACCUCCAGUGAAGGAAGCUAAGAAAUCUCAGUAGUGACAAAUGUUUCCCCAGAACAGACGGAUAUUUCCUUCUAGGUUGAGAGCUCAACAUUCUGAAGUGGAUCUGAUGCUUGAUUUAUCCUUAAUUAAUGGGUUAUCAGGGAUACUGGGUAAAUGUUGCUUUAACUCAACCAACUGAUUUUUUUUCUGAUCCCAUACAGCCAAAAUAUAUAUAUAAAAAAUAUUGUCCAGAGAUGCAUGAACAAACUCACAACUAGCUAGGUACUCACAUCAUUAUGAGUCCUGGAUAUGAAUUUCACAAGCUUGUCCACGUAACUAUGUACAGAAAAAAAAUUAUGUUGCAUUAACAUCGAAGAUUUGCUUUGAUCAGCAGCUAUUUGCAGUUACAAAACAAAUAAAACGUCUGCCUUUGCAACAUUUUGGUUGCAUUGAAUCCUGAUGACUUCAUACACACAAUUUUGCUGAGGUUUGUCUAAACAAGCCCAAAGGCUUAAUACAGGGAUCAUCUCUGUCCUAUAUAGUCAGUUUGUUCCAAGUAUAUAUGUGCAGGAGGAAAUCGUGUCUGCAGCUUAAGUGAACUACAUGUAUGCCAAUGUCUAAUCAGUUUUGACAAAAAAUAACUUUCUAUUGAAGUAUGUAUCAUAAACUUUAAUUUGAACAAAAAGAACAGCUAUGUCAUUGACCGUGCCUGCAUUAUGCCAUUAGCAGAUCCUUGACUUUGUGACAAAUGAUUUUUAAUUUUAUUAUCCUUAACCGAGUUUUAAUUUCAUUGCAAUCUGCAAUUAUUUCUUUUAAAGUAUGUUUAAAAUGACAUUUGAAUUCAAAGUUAGACCUGGAAGACACCACGCCUGAUUUAUGAUAUAAAUUUCAAGGAAUUGGAAAGAAGUGAAAAUAAUUAAAGUUGGUGUAGUAUUAAUUGUAAUUGGCAAGACCCAAAUGUACAAAUGUUUUAACCUCAAAUGACCUUUGAAUUUAAAUAAGGAUCAGCAAUUUUUGUCACAUUAUAUCAGUGAUACUUUAUUAUAGUCACCUCUUGUUCACACUACACAUCAUAGGAACUCAAAAUGUUAAAGAUUCAACAUUUUAAGUUAAACUGUAAGGUUAUUUAUGUUGAUAAUCCUACACCCAAUUUUCAUGGAAUAGUUUUUUUUUUAAUAAUCCGAUUUGUUGAAGUUUUGCUGCUGCUUAGCACUUACGUCUUGCUUAUGAAGGGGAGACAAAAUUUGUAAUUUGAAAGAUGGGUUAUGAUUACAUAGAUCCAAAAUUGCAAAAAUGACUGUAUGGAGAACUUAAAUUGCCAAUGUACUCCUGCCCAUAAGACUGAUCUAAAAGAAACUUCAUUUGCCUCUUUUCAUACCUUUAAAUAAAAAUCUUGAACACCAUUACAUAAAAUUAUAU